UCGUGUUGUCAGUUUGUUUUAUCAAUGCGUGUCCACUCUUUGUUUUCUAUUCUUGCCUGCACGAGAAAAUGUGAAUUUAUCCGCGAAUUCUGUGUGUCUGAGAAAUGUGUGUGAAGCCCUGAAGAUGACAGCCGAGCCGCGCCGCGUGUACGACGCCUUCCUGGCACAGCAGCUGAACAUCCUCCACGGUGCCGUUCUGAGUAGUGGCAAGGUCACUGAGCAGGAGCUGCUGGAGGCCUACCGAAAGUACCAGGACGACGGGGAAAUCCUUGUGCCGCCAGAGGACAACGAGCGCCAAAAUCAACGCGUGCGACUCCUCUUCGGCUCGGCCAUUCUGCUGUUUGUCCUAAUCGCCACGCCACUGAUCUGCAUCGUCCUGGAGCGCGCCGUCAGCACGCGAUGCCUCCUGCCCAACAACUACAUGGUGUGGGAAGCCACGCGACCCGUGUCCGAUUGCGACUUCUGCCGCGGCGUCCACGCGCCGCUGAUCUUUGGCAAUUUGUCACAGGAGGAGUUCCAGCCGUACGCGUACACCUCGCGGCCCGUCAUCCUGAAGGGCGCCAUCGCGCACUGGCCGGCCACCACUCAGCUCAACUACACCUUCCUGCGUGACCUGUACGCCAAGAUCCCGGGCGCCUUGGAUAGCGUGCCCAGUGACUGUCAAUUCCUCCACUUCAAGUCCAACUUCCUCACGCUGCGCGACGUCUUCUCCAUGUCGCAGAGCCGCGCGGAGUUUCGCCAGGGCGAAGUGCCCUGGUACGUCGGAUGGAGCAAUUGCCAUCCGCGCGUGCUGAGUGAACUGCGCAAGCUAUAUCCGCGGCCGCACUUCCUGCCCGACGACGCCGAGAUGCCCAACACGGACUUCAUCUUUCUGGGCUACGAGCAGGGCGCCGUGAUGCACCUGGACUACAUCCCGCGCCUCAUGUGGCAGGCACAGGUGCGCGGGAACAAGAGCUGGGUGCUGGCGCCCACGCCAGAGUGUGACUCACAGUGCAAGAGCUUCUCCUUCUACGUGGAGCCCGGAGACGCUGUGCUCGUGGACACGCGCCUCUGGUACCACGGAACGUACGUGCCGAAGGGGGAAUUCUCCCUGACGAUCCAGUCAGAGUACGGCUAGGCUUCCGCCGGUGCGCGCGCGCGCGCCUAAAACCAGUGCCAUGAUGGAUCAGCCCAAAGAGAUUACAAUGCCAUUGACUCCAAAGUAGCUAGAAGACAGGCAGAUGUGUGUCCAAAUUGUACAUUUUAUCGAUUUUAACCAUUUUACCAUCCCAAUAGAGAGAGUAAUUUAACUAGUCAUGUAAUUAACUCACCCAAAUUUAUCAUGUCUUCGAUGAUGAGAUUGCGUAUUAAUAAAUUGCAAAUUGAGAAACAAUGUA